AUGCCAUCAAACAACUAUCAAAGUGUGUGCACAGUUGAUAAGGUGGAAUCAGCUCUUAAAAGAGUAGAGAAAAAUGCAACAGCAAGGAAGAGGGUUUCACCCUUAAAAUCAUCAUAUUUGUCUUCUUCAUCUGUUUGCUAUUCCUCUUCAUCCUCUUCAGUUAGAGACACCAAAGAUGAAGAACAUGAAGAGAAGUUGUCUUCACCACUGGCUACAGGGUGUCCUGGUUGCUUAUCAUAUGUGAUAACAAGGAAGCAUAAUCCCAUAUGUCCUAACUGCAACUCUGUUAUUCCUUUUCCAUUGAAAAAGAAACCUAGGAUUGAUCUUAAUGUAUCUCUUGAUGAUAUUGGUGGCAAUUAG